GGUCGAGCCGCCGCCGGAAGCGCCCGCCGGAAGCCGGAAGUGGUGACCGGAAGCGGCGGAGCGUCGCGGCCGCCAUGAGCCGCUUGCGAGAGGAGGAUGACCCGUACGUGGUGGAGGAGCCCAGCGACGAGGAGCGAGCGCUCAGCAGCUCGGAGGAUGAGGUGGAUGUGCUCCUGCAUGGCACUCCCGACCAGAAGCGCAAGCUGAUACGGGAGUGCCUCACCGGGGAGAGCGAGUCUUCUAGUGACGAUGAGUUCCAAAAGGAGAUGGAAGCGGAACUGAACACCGCCUUAAGAACUAUGGAAGGCAAAUGGAAAUCGCCAGAAGUGGGUGCUUCCUCAAGUACUGGGCAGACUGGACCUGCCACCACUUCAAAAUACUAUGAUGAUGUUUACUUUGAUUCUGAUUCAGAGGAUGAAGAUAAAACGGUUCCACAAGAUGUCCGGAAAAACAGAAAACAUCAGCAACGUCGGAUUCUUUCCAAUGAUGAACUGCUAUAUGACCCAGAAGAAGACAGAAGAGACCAAGAGUGGGUAGACUCGCAAAGGAGGGGGUACCGUAAUCAAAGAAGAGUGUCACUGCAGCAGCAACGGCAGCAAAAACCUUCAGCUGUUCCAAACAGUGAUGCUGUUUUGAAUUGCCCUGCUUGCAUGACAACGUUAUGCCUGGACUGCCAGAGACAUGAAUCUUACAAAACACAAUACAGAGCAAUGUUUGUGAUGAACUGCAUUGUUAACAAAGAGGAAAUUCUGAAAUACAGAAAGAAGCUAAAGAGAAGAAGUAAGAAAAUGAAGUACAGUAAAGCAACUUCUUCUGUACAAUCAAAUGAAGAAGAAGAGGAAAUGGAAGUGUAUCAUCCAGUAUUGUGUACUGAAUGCUCAACUGAAGUGGCAGUGAUGGAUAAAGAUGAAGUUUUUCACUUCUUCAAUGUUCUAGCCAGCCAUUCCUAAUGUGCAAAAACCUGGGACAUGGGGGGAAAAUCCUGCAGGGUUUAAGACUGGGUGAAGUAUCAGAAAUGCAGGCAUGUUAACAUUUCUAAAAUACUGUCUUGUUAAAGUACAUUUUCGUCAGAGCGCUUCGUAAUGGUUGGAUUUUUGCAGAGUUUAUGAAAGGAAUACAGUUAACUGUGCAUUGGAGAGCAAAACUCUUUUAAACUGCCAGGUGAUUUCAUCUUCGGGGAUUUAAAGUUUUGUAAAUAUAAUGUGUGAUCUCUGUAUUAUGAUCAUUCCCGGUAUAUAUACUAUCCGUUAUCUCAAUAUGUAUUAGAACUGCUGCUUAGAAUAAAUGCUGUACAGUUACUGGUUCUCCAUAGCUGUAUUGGUCAUUUCUGUGGCAUGUGGUAAACAACUCUUGGUAGGGGUGUUUAGCUUCUUCACGCUGGUGUUCUUGGUAGAUUUGCACAAAGGCAGGUUUGAUAAAGAAGGAAUUGUCAUUAUGUUUGGAUUUUGGGUCCAUUAAGAUCUCAAAAUGGAAAUUUUUAUUUCUAUAGAGUGGAAGAUUAGCUUCUUUCAGGUUUGCUGGUAUGGAUCAUUCUGGCAUGGAUCGUUCAAAUCAACAUAAUUGCUUAGUAAUACAGUUCAGAGUUUUAAUGUAAAUAUGUAUAUGAAGAAAAUACUGGACUUUUUUUCUGUUGUCAUUUUUCCUUACGCUGACACAUUUUAAGAAGAAAUUUAUGGUCAGAUCUAUGACCAUAGAGCUAGUCCGUAUGCUUUUUCCUUUUCUUUAGUACAUGUACAGCUUCUUUAUGGAAGCAUAAAGAACUUAUGCUACUUGGUACUUAGACUUCUUGCUUUGCCUAUGAAGCCACUGCAAUGUUAACAUUGGAUCCUUCCCUCUUUUCCUCCAGGCAUGCUCCCAAGGGGUGAACUCUAGUUUUUUAUUAUUAAAUAACAUCUCCUCUCUACAGCCCAAUAUUUUUUUUAACGCUUCAGACAAGAGUCUGAAAAAAAUCUCAUCUUUAUGCUUUUUAAUAGUACUAGGAAAUUUGUUACAUGUGCUUUGAGUUGUCAGAAUAUAUUUAAACUUAGGAGGCAGGAACCUGAAAAACAUCAUACUUUUGCGCUUUUGAUUGUAAUAAAACCUUGUGACUCUGUUUACCUUCUGUAGUUCCUGGUGCUGGAUUUUACUAAUCUACACACACGUUCUACACAGUGUCACAUGAGCUUAGGAAGAAAGAAAAACAUCAGUUCUGUCAGGAUUACAUGAAGAGAACAUUGACUUCCUGUUUGCAGGUCAGCAGAAACUUAACCUGGGCUUGAUGAGGUAGGAACUGUUGAGGGAGCUAUUGCACACUUGGUUGGCCAACGUCUGAUCAAAACUGAGCCGUCUUUUGUUUUGAGGCUCGGGAUCCGCCUGAGAUCAGAUCACAAUCUGGUCUCUGCUACCUACAGUCAGGCUGAUCAGUGCAGAGUCUGACUGGUGUAUCGAUAUCUAAGAGAUUAUCUAAAGUGGGAUAAACUGUUACUGUGUGCCAUAUGCAGGGAGGAGUAUAUGGAAAAUUCUGAACAUACAAGGAACUGCUUCUUAGUGGAAUUGUGGAGGAGCAGGUGUGACAAGAUACAGUCUGUGCUGUAGGGCGUGCUGGACUUGUAGCUGUCUUCACUUUCCAGGUGGAGCGUAAAGGCUCUGUAGCACCAGAUUAAGAGUCUUUGCACUGAGCUACUGGAAAUGUAAGCAUGUAAGAAGGUAGUUCAAGGGUUCAAGUGUUGAUGUGGGUGUAGCAGGAGGAACAGUAAGUGAUGGCAAUCCCUACGCAAGGAUAGAAUGGAGCUGGUGGAGGAAGGGAAAAUCCACGCGGAGGAAAAUUGCUGACUUUCUUAAGGGGCUACCUAGUGAAAAAACCUGUCUCAUCAGUACUGUAUUGAGAAGUGUAAAGGGCUUGGGCACAACCUGGUGCCUUAGAGCAGAUGUAGUGGGAGAUUUGGAAGCCGGCCUGUCUCAACAGUACUUUUCAUCUCAGGUACCUUCUUGCUGCUGCUUCUUGCUUGCCUUGUCACUUGGACUGCAGAGCUUAGGAGCUGUAGGGGCAGGCAGCACUGGGACUUGUUUGCCCCAUACUGAUAACAUUCUUACAGCUUUGAAUGGGAGUAAUGUUUUAGCUGUGCUGAAUACCACACUUGUCCUUGAACUUUGUACGUGUUUACAUAGAAAGGAGGCUUUUGUGAUUACCACCACUUUUUCAAGCAGCAACACCGACGCAAUACUCCUUCAGCAGCAAAUGCAAGAAGCAACAGCGGUCUUGGAUAGGGACAACAGCUCCUGUAGCCAUUUGUGUGGGGAUAUUAAUUGUGUGAAUG